AAAUUGUCAGCCUUUCACAUUUCUUUAGAAAAAUAAUGCUUCUACGCCUUACAUCCUAUUUUUCAACAAUACUUUAACCAUUGGUAAAUGUUUUAGAAGAAUUGGUGGAAUGAACCUAAUUGUUUUCACGUUUCAAAUAAAAUAGAAACUGAAAAUGACGAAACACGAAACAGAAGAGACCGUUCCGGAUGCAGCUAUGGUUAUUUCAGAAGAAUUAACAUACGAACAAAAGGUUGCAAAUUGUAGCAUUAUUGCUAAGCCCAUGGCAUCGAAAAAACUUGCUAAGAAAUGUUACAAACUGAUUAAGAAAGCAUCGAAACACAAAACUUAUGUUCGUUGUGGUCUAAAAGAUGUGCAAACAAGAAUUCGUAAGGGGGAAACAGGAAUAAUCAUAUUUGCAGGUGAUGUAACUCCAAUCGAUGUCAUGUGCCAUUUGCCAGGUGUUUGUGAAGAGAAAAAUAUUCCUUAUGUGUAUGUGCCUAGUCGGAAAGACCUUGGGGCUGCCCUGGGUGUCAAACGUGGAUGUUUGACUGUUUUGAUAAGAAUCAACCCUGAGUACAAAGAACCUUUUGAUGAAUUGUUUGAAGAAAUAAACACCCUAUCAGUCGCGUUAAAUUAAUUUUGAAAAUUUUGCUGUUAAUUUCAUCUGCCUAUACGCUACAAAACUAUGUAGUAAUGUUUUAUAAUAAAUUUUUUAGUAAC